AUGGAUAUAAAAGUUAAAAAUGGAGAAGAGAAAAAAAGCAAUAAAAACACUGUGUUGUUAUGUGGAUUAGUUUCUGGGGUUUUAACAAAAACUAUAUUUGCCCCCUUUGAUAGAAUUAAACUUUUUUACCAAAUACAACCAAUGUUUCACUAUAAUAACACCACUAUCCAUAAAAAUAAAAGAAAAGAUCAUUUAAAAAGAAAAAAUGAAUCUAUCAAUAAAAAUAUACUACUAAACAGCUUAAAUAAAGUACAAAAUAAACAAGACAAAACUAAUAACCCAUUAAUAAUAAAAAGUAAUAAAUAUAUAAAAAAUACAAAUGUGGUUUUUCAUAAUUUUUUAAAUUGCUUAAAUGAAAUUAAUAGAAACUGUCAAAAAAAACGAAAAAUAUCCAAAACCAAUAUAUCCAAUAGUACUAUAAAUAAAUAUUAUAGCUAUUCGAACAAAUCAUCUCAUACAGUUUUUAAAAAUAUAUUAUUUCAUUAUAAAAUACAACAUAUUUCACCUUUAAAUAAUUUGUGUAAAAAUUAUACCAUUUUAAAUAUUAAUAAAAAUGUAGCAAACACAAUAAAAAAUAAAAUGUUGUUUUUAAGUGCAAAUGCAAAUAAGCCUAUCAAGUAUCAAAGUAUUAUACAAAGUGUUCUCUUUAUUGUUAAAGAAGAAGGAAUCUUAGGCUUAUGGAAAGGUAACUUAAUUAAUACAUUAAGAGGUGGUGUUGUUUAUUCUGCAAAAUUUGGAACCAACGAUAUAAUAAAAGAAAAAUAUAAAACAAAAAAGAGAGACGAAAAUAUGGCGAAAGAAGCCCAAGGAAAACAUCUUCCUACUGCUAGUAGUAAUAACAAUAGUGGAUUCGAUAAAAACAAAAUUAACUAUUAUGAAAGUGUAAUUGCAGGAUACACAUCUGGAAUAAUCCAAAAAACAUUAUCAUAUCCAUUAGACUUAUUAAGCAUUAGAGCAGCAUUAGGAGUAAACGAAAAAUAUUUACGACAACAAAAAACAACAAGCACAAAAAAAUCGAUUUUUAAAAUUAUUCGAGAAAUACAUGUUAACGAAGGAUUUGCAGGAUUUUUUAAAGGGUAUGUCCCAACAUUAUUAACAGGUGUACCAUAUGUAACAUUACAAAUGGUAUUUUUUGAUUUGUAUAAAAAUAAUUUUCAAAAUAAUUUUCAAAAAAAUUCAAGUUCACUCGGGUCAGUUGCCCUUUAUUCAUCCAUUGCUGGAUCAUUAAGUAAUGUAACCUCGCUAAUUAUUGUUUUUCCUGGUGAUACAGUUAGAAAAAGAAUGAUGAAUAACGGUAUAGAUAAUAAUUAUAUAUAUAAAAAUACAUUUCAUUGCAUUAAAAAAAUAUAUUAUCAUGAAGGCCUAAAAAGUUUCUAUUCUGGUUUGUUUCCAUCUAUUUUAAAAUGUGUCCCUUCUGGGGCUAUUCAAUUUAUGUCUUAUGAAAUAUUAAAAUAUUUUGUAUCACAAAACUGA